GGGGGCGCCUGCGGUCUCGCGCGGAGGGGGGCGGGGCAGAGACAGCGGCGGCGUUUCCGGUGGGGCAGCGGGAAGGGCCGGAGACCCGAUAAAGCCUCCGCCGUUUGGCCGCGCGCCCCCCUGUUCUUCCCCCCGCCCCCUCAGCCCGGCCGGCAGCCGCCGCCGCCAUUGGAGGGGCCGCGCCCACCCCGGGGUCUGCCCGCGCGCGGAGCCCCCGCCCGACCGGAGCGGCGGGAACAACGAUAUCGAGAGACGCUCCCGCCCCUUGCGGCGCCGCCGCCGCGUUCAGAUUCUGUGGUUUCAAGAUGUGUGGAAAUCAAAGCCAUGUCUUCCAGGAAAAAAGAAAAAGCUUCAACCUUUUAGGAAUACGGAAGCUUGCUGUUUUUAGACUUGUUGUGCUGUGCAAGCUCCAACGGACCAGAGAAAAAUGGACAUGUUCCAGAUACUGCGUAAAACAUCAGAGCGUUUAGAAUGUGAUCACUGCAGUUUCAGAGGGACAGAUUAUGAAAACAUACAAAUUCAUAUGGGUACCAUCCACCCAGAGUAUUGUGAUGAAAUGGAUGCUGCUGGUUUAGGUAAACUUAUAUUUUAUCAGAAAAGUGCAAAACUGUUCCAUUGUCACAAAUGUUUCUUUACCAGCAAGAUGUAUUGCAACGUUUAUUAUCACAUCACAUCACAACAUGCAGUACCUGAAAAGUGGAAUGAAGACCAGAAAAAUCAGUUAGAAGCUGAGACUGAAUCCCUGAAAACAACACUCAUUCGGGAGUCUCACAAACCUGCCCUUUCCCCUGAACCACACAAACCUGCCCUUUCCCCUGAACCACACAAACCUGCCCUUUCCCCUGAACCCCCAAAACCUGACCUAGUUAUUUCCCCCAAGCUUCAGAAACCAGCGGUGUCCCCUGAACCUGAGAAGCCUGUCCCGGUAGUGUCCCCUGAACCUGAGAAGCCUGUCCCGGUAGUGUCCCCUGAACCCGAGAAGCCUGCCCCAGCAGUGUCCCCUGAGCCGCUCAGGCAUUCCCCAGCCAUGUCUCCUGAGCCCCAGAAGCCUGCCCCAGCAGUCUCUCCUGAGCCCCAGAAGCCUGCCCCAGCAGUGUCCCCUGAGCCUCGAAGGCGUUCACCAGUGGUGUCCCCGGAGCCCCAGAAGCCUGCUCCAGCAGUGUCCCCUGAACCCCGCAGGCGUUCCCCGGCGGUGUCCCCUGAACCCCGCAGACGUUCCCCGGCAGUGUCUCCGGAGCCCCGCAGGCAUAUGACUCAGACGCGGAGGCCUGCUCCUGCUUUGUCUCCUGAGCCCCGCAGGCCUGCUUCUGCAAUUUCCCCAGAAUCGUGGAGGCCUGCUCCCUCUGCUUCUCCUGAGCCCUGGAGGCCUGCCGCUGCUAUUUCUCAUGAGCUACAGAAAUCUCCCACUGCUGUCUCUCCCUGGCCCCCAAAACCUGCCCCGGUGGUCUCCCCCGAGCCGCGGAGGCCUGCCCCGGUGGUCUCCCCCGAGCCGCGGAGACCUGCCCCGCUGGUCUCCCCCGAGCCACGGAGGCCUGCUCCUGACCCUUGGAAAUCUGCAUCCUUCUCUGAACCCCAGAAAUCUAAUCUUGUUUCGUCUGAGCCAUGGAAACCCAUCUCCUCUGUAUACCCUGAAGGCUGGAAACCUGUUCUUUCUCCUGAUACUUGGAUGUCUGCUCCCCCUGUUUCACCUGAACUCCGAAAACCUAGUCACACUGUUUCCUCUGAAGUUUGGAAAUCUCCUUUGUUUUCUGAUCUUCGUAAACCUGCUCCCUCAAUGUCUCCUGAGUCUUGGAAACUUACUUCAGAGUCCCGGAAGUCAACCUUCUUCUCUGAGACUCAGAAGUCUGCCCCCACCAUUUCCCCUGAGGGACAGAAACGGGCCCUCUUCCCUGAAUCCCGGAAAAGAGCCCUCUUUGAGCCACGAAAAUCUACACCUGCUCCUUUGUCUGAGGUCCAGAAACGUGCUUUCUUCCCUGAGCCUCAGGUGUCUGCUCCUACUGUUUCCCCUGAAGUCCAGAAACAUAUCAUCUUUACUGAGUCCCAGAAACCUGUUCCUUUCUCUCCUGAAGUCCAGAAACAGGCCUUUUUCCCAGAGCCCCAGAGACUUGCGGCUGUUUCUCCUGAAGUCCAGGAACAUACUUGCUUCCCAGAGUCUCAGAAAGCUUCUCCUGCUGCCUCCCCUGAGAUCCAGAAACCUGUCCCCUUCACUGAGUCCCAGAAACCUGCUCCUGCUGUUUCUCCUGAGGCACAGAAACAUGCCCUCUUCACUGAGUCCCAGAAACCUGCUCCUGCUGUUUCUCCUGAGGCACAGAAACAUGCCCUCUUCACUGAGUCCCAGAAACCUGCUCCUGCUGUUUCUCCCGAGUCACAAAAACAAGCCUUUACUGAGCCGCAGAAAUGUGGUGGUGUUUCCCCUGAUGUCCAGAAGCAUGCUCUGUUUUCUGAGACCCAGAAACCUGCUCCUGCUGUUUCCUCUGAGGUCCAGAAAAAUGUUCUUUUUCCUGAGUGUCUCAAACCUGCUUCAGUUGUUUCUGCUGAGCCCCAGAUGCCUGUUGAGUCCGAUGAGAGUGAUAUCCUAGCUCAGAGUUUAGAAGACCAAAAAACACUGGAUGAUCUAUUGUCUCAGGAAGAGCAGUCAAUCUUAGUGAAGGAGCCUUUAGAAGAUAUGUUGUAUUCAUGCCCCCCAAAGAAGCCUAAGAAGGAAAACCAGGAGACCUCUGAUAGUGAAGUAAAUAACAGCGAAUGUGGAAAAACGGAGGUGGAUUCUGUCAAGGUAAAGGAACAAGAAUCAAAUAGUGAUCAAGAACAGUUUGAUAUGGAAUCAUCCGAUUACAACAAAGAGAGCAAAAUAGAUGCAACUACUCCCAUUCAGCCACAGUGUGUACUGCAGUUUACAGAAGAGAAAGAGGCUUUCAUCUCAGAAGAAGAGAUUGCAAAAUACAUGAAGCGUGGAAAGGGAAAGUAUUAUUGCAAAAUUUGUUGCUGUCGUGCAAUGAAAAAAGGUGCUGUUUUGCAUCAUUUAGUUAACAAGCAUAAUGUUCAAAGCCCCUACAAAUGUAAAAUAUGUGGAAAGGCUUUUCUUUUGGAGUCCCUUCUUAAAAACCACGUUGCUGCUCAUGGUCAAAGUUUGCUUAAAUGUCCACGCUGUAAUUUUGAAUCAAAUUUUCCCAGAGGCUUUAAGAAACAUUUAACCCAUUGCCAAAGCCGUCAUAGUGAAGAUACAAAUAAAAAGCAAUUGGACAGCCUUGAACCACUUGAACAAAUGUGAUUUUUUUCUUAUACUCAAUGAGUUUAAUUUACUAAAAUAUGUAAGUAUUGCUGUACGUUAGCUAAGUAGUUUAGCUGAUCUGACAAGUCAAAAAUGCAUGGUUUAUUGUACUGUGUUUAACUUGUCUUAUAGCUGUAUUACUGAAAGGAUUUAUUAUUCAAAAGUUGUUCUAAAUACACGUUCAUGUCCCAGUUUUAUUCAUCAAUAAAUUCAUACUUUAUUCGUCA